CGUGAAGGUAUCUAACUUCUACUCCCACACAUUCAAACAUUAACACUGAGCGACUUGCUGCGCGAUUCCCAACAUUUUUGGGAUAAUUUUGCGUAAGGUAGCGGAUCUUGUCCUUGAAAGUGAAGAUAAAAUUCUUUCCAGAACUCAUCUCCACUUCAAAAAGAGGGUAAGGAGGCGACUAUUUCACUAGAAAAGGGGAACACGAAUCCAAUCAUAGGAUCCAAAAGACCGCAAUGGAUCCACCGCCUACUCCUCCUCCCCAUGUCGUCAUCUUUCCUUUAGCUGCUCAAGGCCAUGUGAACUCCAUGCUCAAGCUCGCUGAGCUUCUCGCCCUGUCCGGCCUCCGCAUCACCUUCAUCAACUCCGAACACAUCCACCAUCGCCUCCUCCAACAUGCCGACAUCCCAGCCCGUUUCGCUGCCUACCCGGACUUCCAAUUCAAGAUCAUAUCAGACGGCUUCCCGAUACACCACCCGAGGCCCAGCGACCACUUCUUGACCACAUUCGAUUACGUCAAAAGCAUAACCAAGCAGCUGUUCGAAGAGUUGGUGUCAGCUCCGGAUCGGCCUGUGACCUGUAUCAUUGCGGAUGGGAUCCUGACCUUCACCAUUGAUUUCGCUGGAGAUCUCGGAGUUCCAGUCAUCGCGUUCCGGACGAUAAGCGCGAGUUGCUUCUGGACUUAUUUCUGUAUUCCGCGCAUGAUUGAGAGUGGAGACCUCCCCAUCAAAGGAGACGAAGACAUGGACCGUGACGUGACGAGCGUGCCGGGCAUGGAGGACAUCCUCCGGUGCCGAGACCUGCCGAGUUUCUGCCGAGUUGCCGACCUCUCCGACUGGCUCCUCCAGUAUGUGACGACGCAGACCCUCCAGACCACCGGAGCCCGAGCCCUCAUCCUCAACAGCUUCGACCACCUGGAGGGCCCCGCCAUUUCCCAGAUUCGAACCCACUUCCCCAACCUCUACACAAUCGGCCCUCUCCACUUGCACCACAAAUCCAGACUCUCGUCGUCAUCCCCGUCGUCUCCACCACCAUCGUCAGCAAGCAACAGUCUUUGGGAAGUCGACCGUAGUUGUAUCUCUUGGCUCGACAAGCAACCUCCGAAGUCAGUCAUCUACGUGAGCUUCGGGAGCAUCACGACUCUUACCAGACACGACUUCACGGAGUUCUGGUACGGCCUCGUGAACAGCGGGAGGCGCUUCCUGUGGGUCAUACGGCCGGACUCCCUCGCCGAUGGCGGCAACGGUGCGGUCCCGGUCGAGCUGAGGGAGGCGGCGGCGGAGAGGGGGUGCAUCGUUGGGUGGGCCCCGCAGGAAGAGGUCCUGGACCAUGGCGCCGUCGCGGCGUUCCUGACGCACAGCGGGUGGAACUCGACGCUGGAGAGCGUGGUCGUCGGGAAGCCGAUGGUGUGUUGGCCGUUCUCGGCGGACCAGCAGUUGAACAGCCGGCUGGUGAGCCACUUGUGGAAGGUGGGGCUCGACAUGAAGGACGUGUGCGACAGGGAGGUGGUGGAGAGGAUGGUGAACGAGGUGAUGGGGGAGAGGAAGGAGGAAUUCGCGGCGGCGGCCGGCGACUUGGCGAGGAGGGCGAGGGACGCCGCGAGCGAAGGUGGGUCCUCGUGGGAUAAUCUGGACCGCUUGAUUGAGGAUAUAAGGUCCAUGAAGCCCACUAGCUGAAGUCCAACGUUGUCUUGUGAUUUCUUCCGUUAUUGAAGUAUAGGAUUCCUAGAAUUCCAAAAGUUCGAAUAACAUACACCAAUGGAUACUUGUCGGUGUUUCUUUUAAUGUCUCAAUCUCAUAAUCUGGAUCAUAUUGUGGUGGUAAAUAGACGCAAAUAUUAAUGGAGGCAAUCUUUAUUUUCA